UGUUUGUAAAGCUUUGGUUCGGAGUUGAGAUGUUUUUGAUUUUUCAAAAUAACAGCGUUGAAAAUGUGCACUUCCUGCCACGAGCAGUCGUUCAUCGUUUGUUGCAGGAGCUGAGUGCUGACUGUCGGCGAGGCCUCCAAAGGUCAGAGGGAUGCUCCUGGAGGCUUUCCUGUGAUCGCGGUUUCCACAGAAGCAUGACAUCAAGUCGCGAGAAGAUGACAUCACCAUCACCCACACACAGCGACAGCAGCGGCUCGUCCAAGCACGACACCAACCAGGAUAGCUGGGAGAUUGUGGAGGGACUCAGGGGGGCUCCUGCCAGCAUCCAGGAGCCUGACAGACAGGAAGGCUUCCUGCUCAAGAGGAGGAAGUGGCCCAUGAAGGGAUGGCAUAAGAGAUACUUUGUCUUGGAGAGAGGCAUCUUGAAAUAUGCGAAGCGACCAGCUGAUCUGCAGAAGGGAAAGGUCCAUGGGCUGAUAGAUGUGGGCCUCUCAGUUAUGUCCAUCAAGAAUAAAGCUAUGUGCGUCGACCUGGACACCGAGGACAACAUUUAUCACCUAAAGGUGAAGACUCCAGAGCUGUUUGAUGAGUGGGUGUCAAAGCUGCGUCACCAUCGUAUGUUUCGGCAGAACGAAAUUGCGUUGUAUCCUCACGAGACCUACCUCUUCCACCCCCAUGCCGCAAGCUCACCUUCGCUUAAUGACUCACUUAGAAAAAGAGCGACUCUUACUAAGCAGGCGUCAUUCCACCAGUCUAAGGUCAGCUCCUGGCUCCACUCUUCAGAGGAGAUGAGCAAGUGCUCCAAAGAGCUGGAAGAAUGUGAGUCUUAUCUGCUGGAGCUCAACCAGCUGCUGAAGAGCAUGGAGGUCAUCCACCGCACGUACUCGGCUCCAACCAUCACCGCACUACAAGCAUCUACUUAUGACAUCCCCAAAAAGGAGAAGAGGCCCCGGAGAUGGCGAUCUAAAAACAGCAAAGACGCCAAAUCCACACUACAAGUUCCAAGCUGCAUCUCCACCCAGUCCCCUCGUCUCCAUGCCUCCAACCCCAAUCUCCCCACCACAGAGUCCGCCUCACAGGAAGCCUGUCCCCAGUCGCCCGACUCCCCGACAGAAGUGUCACGUCUGCAGCAGGACUUCUACCGACUGGCCAACAACAUUCAUGUUUCACUGAAAUCAGCGUACGGCUCCCUGGUAGCAGAGAGGGAGCGGCUGAAGCACACCAUCGACCUGCAAGCGCCUCAGCCGCCUGAAGUCGUCGGUCUCAAGAACCUCUAUGCUUCAGAGGGUACAAGUUCCCCGCACUCCUUGGUCCACCAGGCGUCCGGUGAAAGCAGAGUAUCUAUCCCAGAGUCCAUUUCAGAGUUCUUUGAUGCACAGGAGUACCUUCUGUCUUCAUCUUCAUCGGAGAAUGAGGUGUCAGACGACGACUCUUAUAUCAGUGAUGUCAGCGACACCGUCUCCAUGGAUACCUUCGACGGAGGCAGCGCGAGACACAACUCCGUCAGCAGCGUAAUGACCUUGACUCGCCGUCGCUCCACGCUGCCAUCGCCCUGCCCGUCCAGCACCGUGAGCCUGUGGAACAUCCUGAGGAACAACAUCGGCAAAGACCUGUCCAAAGUAGCCAUGCCCGUGCAGCUCAACGAGCCAAUCAACACCCUGCAGAGGCUGUGUGAGGAGCUGGAGUACAGCGAGCUCCUGGACAUCGCAAACCAGACGGAAGACCCUUAUCAACGGAUGGUGUGUGUGGCAACUUUUGCCAUAUCUGCCUACGCGUCGUCCUACUAUAGAGCCGGAAGCAAGCCCUUUAACCCCGUUCUGGGAGAGACGUACGAGUGUGACCGGCCUGAUAAGGGCUUCAGGUUUAUAGCUGAGCAGGUGAGUCAUCAUCCACCUGUCUCAGCAUGUCACUCUGAUUCAAAGAACUUCUGCUUUUGGCAAGAUGUGCGAUGGAAAAAUAAAUUCUGGGGAAAGUCCAUGGAAAUAGUUCCCAUGGGAACCACACAUGUCACACUACCUGCCUUCGGGGAUCACUACGAAUGGAACAAAGUGACGUCCUGCAUCCACAACAUCCUUAGCGGCCAGCGCUGGAUUGAACACUAUGGAGAGAUGGCCAUCAAGAACAUGAACAGUAAUGUCUGCCAGUGCAAAGUAACAUUUGUCAAGGCCAAGUCAUGGAGCUCCACAGUGAACGAGAUAGAGGGUGUGGUUACAGAUUCAAAUGGGAAAGCGGUGCACAGCAUUUUUGGAAAAUGGCAUGAAUCAGUGUUUCAAGGAGCCCCUCCUUCUGCCACUUGUAUUUGGAGAGCGAAUCCCAUGCCAGUGGAGCAGGAGCAGUACUAUGGUUUCACCCAGUUUGCAGUGGAGCUGAAUGAACUGGACUCCUCCUUAAAACCACUGCUGCCCCCCACAGACACGCGUUUCAGGCCGGACCAGAGGCUGCUGGAGGAGGGGAACAUAGACGGAGCUGAAGAGCAGAAACAGAGGAUAGAGCAGCUCCAGAGGGAGAGGAGGAGAGUGCUGCAGGACAACAGCAUGAUCCAUCAGCCACGAUUUUUCAAGAAGUCCAAGGAUGACACAUGGGUGAGCAACAACACGUACUGGGAGCAACGCAGAGACCCCGGCUUUAGCAAAGUGGACUUUCCCGUGUUGUGGUGACCUGCCGGUCAGAAAACAUAAUAAAACUAGAUGAAGUUCAGCAAUCAGGAACGCCGACCUGGUUAACAUGAACUGCUCUGUGUCACAGUAGCCCACACAUGGACCUCCUGCUUCCUCUUUCGGACCAAGUGUACACGGAACCUGUUGUGUAUAUAUUAUUCACGUUUGUGUACAUUUUCUUCUACUGACUGUAACGUACACAGAGUCGGUGUAGAUCAGUGUGUUUUACUGCUUUUCACCGUUUAUCUAAGUGCCUUUUCACUGUAAUGCUGCACUCAGAACUGCUGGAGCAGUUAUGCAAAAGUACCUUUAUUCAGAGACUGACGACCGUCUGAAUGACGAGUGGACUAAAGACCGAGGACUGGAGGUCACAUCCCACUUCUGUGUUCUUCUCUUGUGUCACACUGAUGACACAAUGACUUUCUGCUGACUUCAGCAAUAAGCUGAUCAGUUUUUAUAUAUCUAAAAAAAAAAAAGAAAAAAAAACGUAAGUACUGCCUUUUUCAAUAUGCUGCCUUGUUCACAUCAUUCAUGUCUGUAGCAGGACUGUGGAUGGCGUUUUCUCUUAAGGAAACAGCACAAAUGUUCCCUUUUGGAAGUAUAUAAUAAAAUAUUACAAUGGGUGGAAGAAUUA